AUGGCAUCAAGGCUAGCUCCUGUCACUGGUGGUAAAAAACUGAUUUCCGGUGUCCUUGAAGCAAAGCGACCUACUAUCAGUCAGUUGCAUGACAAAUCUCGGAUGGAGGCAAAUAUUGUUUUCCUCGAACAACAUAAAGGCUUAUUUUGGUGCUGGAUUAAGUGGAGUUCUGGCUUGGUGUGUGCGAGUGGGAAGGAACCAACCCAAUGCCCCCGGAGUUCUGGCACCUUCCAUCUUUACUUCCUAUGUAUCCAGGGUCUUGUUCAAUGCUUUAGCUGUGUUUGCUCUAAGGGAGAUCAACUUAUCAAAAGUAACCUUCUCAACAACAACAUUCUACUUAAGCAGGUGAGUAAUCAAGAUUAAGGGAGACUUGUAAUCAUGUUUGGCAUUCCUUUCCAGUAAGAAAUAGAGUUGUAUGAUUAUUUGUUAGUUUUAUAGGAAUGUAUAACCCAUGUUAGCAAUGUAUUAUUUUUGUUUA